AUGUACCCCUAUGCUUCCAUCCCAGCACCCUUGGAGCUUCCUCCCAUGCAGCCUAUCUAUCUGGGCGGAUACCCUAAUUGUACUACAGCUAGCUACAAUACCUGUAGUACAGCUAGCUAUCCACCAUGUACUUCAGCUAGCUAUCAAGUAGAACCUAGCUACCUACAUUGCUACCCUCCUGUCUCGAGCUACCAGUACCAGCCCAGACCUCAUAUCAACCUACCUUCUGUACCCCAUACCCCUCUUCCUACCUCCUCAGCUGGUUACCAGUACCAUACUGCUAUAAAACCCGAGCAGGAGCUAAUACCCUGUAACAGCUAUCCUACAAUCACCCUACCUCCUCAGACUCCCCCUGUCUCCUCUCCCUCGACCGUGUUCCACUACCCCACUCCUCCUAGCACUCCUAACCAGAUCCCUCAAGAAGACCCUGCUCUCCUCUUUGCUCGGUGCCUCUACCAGAACCAACGUUACCCUGAGUUCCAGCAGUUCAUCUCAACCACCAACUUCCCCCAAUCAGCAGUACAGGAGCUAAGAGACCUCUGGUUGGACAGUGUCUAUCAGAAUCACAUCAACAAAACCCAAAAGAAGCUGACUCCAAUGAUUAGAUACCGUCUGAGAAAGAGACACCCUCUCCCAAAAACCAUCUGGAAUGGAGAGCAGACAUCUUACAACCUGAAGCAGAGUGCCCGGGACUACCUCAUCAGAUAUUACGAACAGAACCAGUACCCAACUGCUGUCGAGAGAAGAAUCAUCUCUAGAGAUACUGGAAUGGAAUACAAAUCUGUCUCCCACUGGUUCAAGAACAGACGAUCCCGAUCCAAGCCUGACAAGAGUGACGAGUCUGCUGAAUCUGUAGAAGAGCUGGUGAACGAAGUGAAACAGAUUGCAGACAGUAUCGUUUACACUUAG